AGGGGAAUUUUCUUCUGUAAAAAUCUAGGGUUUGUGUUCCCAAAUCACCAGAUGAAGGAGCCAAGAAGAAAUCCCAUAUCAAAUUUACAACUCUUCAGAAAUCUGCCAUUAGAGAUCACCAUCGAUAUCCUAUCACGGCUUCCAAUUCGAAGAAUCGCGAUCUGCAAAUGUGUCUGCAAUUCAUGGCGAGAGCUACUCCGAAGCCGCGAAUUUCUCGAUUUCCAUCUCUCGAAAUCGGUUCCCGGAUUACUUAUCGGCCACGAUUGGGACCCGGAAAACUACAGAAUUUUCGAAUUUGUCGACGAACUCGGUCUCGAAACUCACGAUCUUCACUACAACACAGUCACCAAAUUCAACUCAAUGGGAUUCGCCGAUUCCUCCGAGCUAAAGGGUUCAGCUAGUGGCCUGCUUUUCUUCAUCAGAAAAGUCUCUAAUUACGACUCUCUUUACAUCUGCAAUCCAAUAACUCGCGAGUAUAUUGAGUUACCAUACGAUGGGAUUUUUUACUCCGAUUCUAGAAUGGUCACUUCUGUAUUUGGGGUUAGCAAAAUUACUCGCCAGCAUAAGGUGAUUAGGGUUUUCCAUGAAAUUGAUAAUAGGCGUGAAUGCGAUACCGCUGCGCAUUUAUUGUCGAACGUUACCAAGUCCAUUUGUCUCGUAUAUGUUCUCGGAACAGGAUUAUGGAGAAGCAUUGCCCCUCCUGCCCCGUUUAUAUACGGCAGUCGUUCGAUUGGGGCAUCUGUUAAUGGAAAUAUUCACUGGAUGGUAGAAAAUGCAGACGGAUCUCAUUGUGUUUCUUGCUUUAAUAUCGAGACGGAAACUUUUAGCACGUUUGCUCCUCCUAUUUUUCCGGUGAGCAAAAAAUUUCUUGUGGGCCUAGUGGUUUUGGGGGAUUGCCUAUGUGCGUGUGAUAAUACGUUUGAUGAAAUUGUUAUAUGGUCGAUGAAGGUGUAUGGAGACGACAAAUCGUGGAGAAAGGAAUUUGUCGUAAAAAAAGAUGGUGGGUAUGUUUGUGAUUGUGAUGAUUGUCGACAAGUUGUUUCUCCUAUCAAAGUUUUCAAAGAUGGCGAUAUCUUGAUGGCGUGGGAUGAAAUAGACAUGAUUUACUACUCGAACAAGACGAAAAGUAUUACGUCGUUCGAUAUGGUUAGGCUGGACGACGAUGAUGGUGAGGGUUUGAGUGCAAUGCUUCAUACAUCAAGCUUUCUCUCACUCGGAAGUUUCCGGAAGGAGAGUGUAAGUUCUUUCUGACGUCGAGUAUGUCAGAAUUAUCAGUUCGUCUUUAUGUCAAAUGUAACUUAUGGUUUGCCUCACUGGGAAAAUUCGUUAAUAUCUUUGUAUUGACUUAUCGGAAACAUCUUGACAUUACGCAAGUAUGUUGGCAACGGCUAUUUUUUCGAGCUUUUCUUGAAAACUCUUUGCUUUGAAUUUCCGUAAGAAAAGAGUCUUCUACUAAUACACCAUUUACACCGAGUAGACUCAUAUAUUGAAGCUCCGUUA